AUAUAUUCUUCUUGGUUAUUCAUAUUACAUUGGAAUAAAACAAUCUUCGACAACGUCUGGAGAAGAAUCAGAUAAUUUAUUUUCAACUAUUAUUACUUCCAUACUUGCGGUAUAUGAUUGGUCUUCAAUUUCAUUCAAUAAUUUGAAUUUUUGGCCACUUAUUAUAAUUGGCGUAAUUGGCAGUUUUCUUUUUGCAAUUAUAUUGCAAAAUGUAAUCAUUUCAUUCAUGAGUGACGCUUUUUCAGAUGCAGUCGCAAAUAGUAAACGUGGUGUAUAUCGUUUUCAAAUUUACUUGAUUCAUGAUUUUGCUCUUCUUGAAGAAUCAUUAGGAUUUAAUAAUUUAGAUUCUAGGUUUAAGGAUAAAAUAAGGGCAAAAUAUAUCUGUUUUUAUGAUGAUCCAUCUAUAACAAAUUCAUGGAAAGAAAAAUCAGAAAAGAUGAAAUCAAAACCAUAUCCUAAACUUCCAAUAUUAUGUAAAAGUGGAUUUGAAUCUUGGUCAGUUGAAAGUUGUGAAUUUGUUUGGGAAAAAAGUGCAGAAGAAGAUUGGCCAUAUGAUUGUUUUUAG